AUGCAUCUAAAGGUCACACUGAUCACAGAGGUGGCGGUUGAUUCAGGAAUUGUCAGUGUUUGUUGCUCCCUGGUGUUUGCUCUGCCUUUAGAAUACGGAGACAACGUGGCUCUCUCCAUGACAGCUCUGCCCUCUUUCACUGUGUUCCUGACUCAGAUGACCUACACCAUGCCAAGAACAUCCCUUCAAAAGUCCUACCUCACCAUCUACCUCACCAUUCUCCUCACUCUCAGCUCACACUCUGUGUCAAUCCUCAUCCUUAGGAAGCCAAACAUGAAGGUAGAUACGUCAGAUACAAUGGAGCUUCAUGGGGAUAACGACAGAAGAGAGAAACCUGUUGUCAGCGUGGCCUGGAAGGAUGUUUCUGAUGUGCUUAAUGCCCUCUGUCUAAGACUCUUUAUGUUCCUCAACAUGACCUACAACAUGCCAAGAACAUCCCUACAGACGUCCUACCUCACCAUCUACCUCACCAUUCUUCUCACACUCAGCUCACUCUCUGUGGCCAUGUCAAUCAUCAUCCUUAGGGUGCAUCGGAAGACAGGUAAAGUACCUGUAAUUGUGCAGAGAUGUGUCACCUUGUUGAGAUGCUGUUCUCCACAGAAGCCAAACAUGAAGGUAGAUACGUCAGAUACAAUGGAGCUUCAUGGGGAUAACGACAGAGAAGAGAAACCUGUUAUCAGCGUGGCCUGGAAGGAUGUUUCUGAUGUGCUUGAUGCCCUCUGUCUAAGACUAUUCAUGUUCCUCAACGACGCCGGAGCACACACAGCAAGUGCUUCUGUGGACUUCCUGGCACAGAGUAACGUACCUGUUGUGCCAUGGCCUGCAUUAUCUCCCGAUAUAUCGCCCACCGAGCACUUGUGGGACUAUAUGGGACAGCGCAUUGCACGUCGACCUAAAAUUGCCAACGUUGGUGAGCUCGCACUUGUCCUGCAACCGGAAAUGAACGAGUUGCAGCAGUCAAUGACCACCAAUGGAUUUUUUAACUUCCAGUGGGUUGAUGAUUCACUGAAGUGGAACAUUUCUGACUUUGAUGGACAAGAAAAUCUGUGUAUAUCUAGUGAUAGUGUGUGGAUUCCUGACUUAACAGUUAUCAACACGGUUACCGAAAGAAAGAUGUUUGAGGAGAAAACUGCCCUUGCAUGCAUACAUAACACAGGAUUAGUAAGCUGGGGUCAUGGAGAUCUUUACAAGACUCGAUGUGACUUUGAUAUUCUCUAUUUUCCGUUUGAUACUCAGGUCUGUUCCAUAUUACUCACCAGCUGGCGGACACUGUCGGAUAAAGCAAGAUUGACACCUUUAGUAAACAAGUCGUUAACUAGCCGACCAACAGAUGGAAAUCCAUUGUGGAUAAUAAAAGAUCUUUCAGGGGAAAUUCAGACGGCGGGAUAUCCUAAGUUUCUCGUUACCAUCACCUUAAAGCGCCGACCAGCAUACUAUGUCUACAACCUGAUAAUCCCUAUCAUGCUCCUAUCCCUUCUCAGCUCCCUGGUUUUUGCUCUGCCGUUAGAAUACGGAGACAAAGUGGCGCUCUCCAUGACAGUUCUACUCUCUUUCACUGUGUUCCUGGCUCAGAUGACCGACAACAUGCCAAGAACAUCCCUACAGACGUCCUAUCUCACCAUCUACCUCACCAUUCUUCUCACUCUCAGCUCACUCUCUGUGGCCAUGUCAAUCCUCAUCCUUAGGGUGCAUCGGAAGACAGGUAAAGUACCUGUUAUAAUGCAGAGAUUUGUCACCUUGUUGAGAUGGUGUUCUCCACAGAAGCCAAACAUGAAGGUAGAUACGUCAGAUACAAUGGAGCGUCCUGGGGAUAACGACAGAGAGGAGAAAUCUGUUGUCAGCGUGGCCUGGAAGGAUGUUUCUGAUGUGCUUGAUGUCCUCUGUCUAAGACUCUUCAUGUUCCUCAAUGUCGGUUGUGGCAUUACUCUCUUUAUCCUACUCAUCUAA